GCAUUGUCCCUCAGUUCUUACCAACCUCCGGUGUGUAAUCGACAUGUUGCUAACUUCAACUCGGUUGAAUAAGAAUCAUUGAUUCCCUUUGCUGUCCAUUUCUUAUUCAUUCAGGGCGCUCGGCCGGUGCUCCUUUUUUAAACCAGAACUACUCUGAACGUUAGAGAAGAUAAGGGAAGACCACCUGAGCGAACCGACCGGAGGGGACUUGACUUAUUUAUUCGAACCGAACGAUAGCGGCUUAAAGCAAAGCCUAUCACGAGCAGCGUCGCUGCUUGAUCGGCGGGGAGAAGCAUCUCAAAGUAUGGGGCAAAGGAUCAAGCGCUUUGACCUUGUCUCCCGGGAUUCACCACAGGUUGGGUUUGAGAGCCGUGUGAUGGGUGACUAUCCAGCACGGUUCGGAGAGCACUUGUUGUCUGCGUUGGUGAAUGGAAGCCCCUCUAUCAAGCAAGAAAGAAGCGGCUAUUCCCCAGUCCCUUAGGUUGGAGGGAGUCACCAUUGACUCUAUUUAUUAUUAUGGUAAAUUAGUGUAUAAAGAUGUAAAUCUGAGAUCUUAUUUCGGUUCGAUACGUCCACCUGCGAGACUCACCUUUGGCUUCCGUCUCGGUAGGUGUAUUCUUAUACAUUUUCCCAAAAGAACAUUCAUUCAUUUCUUUCUUCCCCGUCGACCACGACGACUGAAACGACGCGAAAAAUCCAGACCCGGAAAGGUGAAGGACCGGUGGUGGGCAUUUGGGAAAGUCGGGCCGAUCGGGUGUCUUCAUUCCAGCUACAAUACAGAAGAAGAACGAAACGAAGUGAGAGGCCGGAGGGCAGGGAAAAGAGUCGAGCCGAUCAGGCUCGACGCCCUAGCGAUAGGGGGGAAGCAAAACGAAAUUAGGAUUUGGCCGAAAAAGAAGCAACGCUAUGGAUACCAUGACCGAUCACCAUCGAUAAAGAAGAAUCUUUCUAAAUCACUUCGGGUCAGCGGGGCCUUCAAGCAUCCGAAAUACGCCGGGGUUGUAAAUGACAUAGCGUUCCUGAUAGAAAAUGACGACUCCUUCAGAAAAACGAAGUUUUUUAAGUUCUUUUUCCCCAAGAAGUCCCGCUCCGACGGCCCGGCGGGUCAUCUAUUUAAAAGGACCCUCCCUGCAGUGCGCCCCUCCUUGAAUUAUUCGGUAAUGCAAUACUUAUUGAAUAGAAAGAACAAAAUUCAUUUCGACCCCGUCGUAGUUCUCAAUCAUUUCGUGACACCGGGCGUGGCUGAACCAUCUACGAUGGGGGGAGCGAAUGCGCAGGGAAGAAGCUUAGAUAAGAGAAUACGUUCUCGCAUCGCUUUUUUUGUAGAAAGCUCGACCAGCGAGAAAAAGUGUUUGGCCGAAGCCAAAAAGAGGUUGACCCACUUCAUUCGCUUGGCGAAUGAUCUUCGCUUCGCGGGAACAACAAAAACCACCAUCUCGCUUUUUCCUUUCUUCGGUGCUACCUUUUUAUUUCCAAGGGAUAGAGUUGGGAUGUAUAAUCCCAUUAUUUUGGAGGAUGCCCGGGAAAAACUCCUAGGCAAAUUAAGGAUCAAAUGUUGGAACCUCAUGGGUAAGGAUAAGGUAAUGGAAUUGAUAGAGAAAUUCAUAGACCUAGGUAGGAUAGGAGAAUGGAUAAAGGGAAUAGAGAUGAUGAUAGAGAUCAUACCGAGAAACAGAAGAAUUCCGUACGGGUACAACUAUUAUUUGAACGAAGUUAUAAAAAUGCGAUCUUUGUUGUCUAAUAGAACAAACACUAAUACCUUAAUUGAGUCGGUCAAGAUCAAAUCUGUUUAUCAAAGUGCUUCUUUGAUUGCUCAAGACAUCUCUUUUCAACUGAGAAAGAAAACAAGAUCAUUUCGUUCCAUUUUUAGUAGAAUAGUAAAGGAUAUUCCAUUAGUAAUGAAAAAAGGGGUAGAGGGGAUCCGUAUAUGUUGUUCAGGUCGAUCUGAAGGCGCAGAAAUAGCUAGAACUGAAUGCGGAAAGUAUGGAAAAACAUCUCGUAAUGUAUUUAACCAGAAAAUCGAUUAUGCUUCCGCGGAAGUAUCUACUCGUUACGGAAUCUCAGGCAGAUGUAGUAGGGGUUGCGAACCAGACGGAACAAAACUAGGUUUUGGAAGAUAUGGCACUCAAAGUUGUAGAGCUGGUCGUCUUUCAUAUCGAGCCAUUGAAGCAGCGCGUCGGGCUAUAAUCGGACACUUCCAUCGUGCUAUGAGCGGACAAUUCCGAAAAAAUGGUAAGAUAUGGGUAAGAGUUUUCGCGGAUAUCCCUAUUACCGGGAAACCUACAGAAGUCAGAAUGGGAAGAGGAAAGGGAAAUCCUACGGGUUGGAUUGCUCGUGUGUCCACGGGACAAGUCCUAUUUGAAAUGGAUGGUGUGAAUUUUGCAAAUGCUCGACAAGCCGCUACAUUAGCGGCGCAUAAACCAUGUUCGUCAACCAAGUUUGUUAAGUGGUCGUAACGUAAUUGGUUAGUGGGGAAAAACCGGGCCGGGAUUCAAAAGAAUUAGGCGAAGGGUGGGGGGUCGGGCCCUCUCCUUUGCAUUAUGUCAGUUGGGCCUCCCCGGGUGUUUUUCCUUCCUUAUUUGUUUA